UAGCGUUUGUGGGCAGUCAGACACAAGUAUCGAGAGAGACGAGGAUUGCAAGCAUACACCUCCCGCGUUCUCUUAGGCGUCAUCACUAUUAACUGUUGCAUUAUAAUUGUAGCCUACUUUUAAAUGAAUCUUGUAAGAUUCAUGAAUAACAGAGUUCCACCCAACAAAAGAUAUCAGCCCACAGAGUAUGAGCAUGCAGCCAACUGCGCCACACAUGCGCUCUGGAUAAUCCCCAGCAUCAUUGGCAGCUCCCUCCUGCAUUUCCUGUCUGAUGACCAAUGGGAGACUAUCUCUGCCUGGAUCUAUGGCUUCGGCUUGUCUGGACUUUUCAUCGUGUCAACGGUCUUCCACACCAUCUCUUGGAAGAAGAGUCACCUCCGGAUGGUGGAACACUGUUUCCACAUGUGCGACAGGAUGGUGAUCUAUUUUUUCAUCGCAGCCUCCUACGCCCCCUGGCUGAACCUGAGAGAGCUGGGGCCGUGGGCCUCACACAUGCGCUGGAUCAUCUGGAUCAUGGCUUCUGUGGGGACUGCGUACGUCUUCUUCUUCCAUGAGAGGUAUAAGAUUGUGGAGCUAAUAUGCUACACAGUCAUGGGAGUCUUUCCUGCGUUAGUGAUCCUCUCUAUGGCUGACAGAGAUGGCCUUUUCGAAUUGAUCGUGGGCGGCAUGUUCUACUGCUUGGGCAUGGUCUUCUUCAAGAGUGAUGGGCUCAUCCCUUUCGCCCAUGCCAUCUGGCACCUCUUUGUGGCCAUCGGAGCUGGCAUCCAUUACUACGCUAUCUGGAGGUAUCUGUACACACCAGGGACCAGUGAGAUGAAGACGUCCAGAUGACACAGGGCUGUUUGGCCUGUGCUAAACCCUUCUGGGCCCCACAACUGCCAGGCUGAGGGAGACCCAGAGCCUCCUCUGAAGUGAAUCUAACUGGUUUUGUGCACUAGUUCAAUCAGCCUCACGGUGAUUUCAUGACUUCUUGCUCAAGGCCACUUAAAAAAAAAACUGUGUUUGAAUGAAUGGUUUCAAUGAAAAUUAUACCAACAUACUUAUCCACUAUUUCAAAACAGAAAAGAAAUGUACUGUCUUUGAGGUCUUGGAUAUUUAUGACACAAUGUGUUUUUUUAGGUUGACUGGUGCCCAGGGUUCUAGCCUUCCUUUUUGGGAAAGUGUUUGCUAGGGCGCAUUGAAAAUCAUGGUUUCAUAUCACUGAAGCUGUUCUAAGACCAAUAAUGGUAUUUUCCAUUACCUGUGAAUGUCUCUAUAACUGACAGUGUUGAAAAGAGUGUUGCAGGACACAGUUAGACUUGCCAUAAAAUUGAUGCCUUCAUUAUAAUUUGUGAAAUCCCAAUUAAUUUAUUGAACUACUAAAGGCUCAGUUCUGAGUGUCAUACAGGGAACCACAUGCAAAAUCUUAUAAUUUUUACAUUAGUUGAUUUUUGUAAUGAUAUUCUGCUGAAAGCAGUUUUUCUAUAUUACUAUAUUCUAGUGUAAUUUAACUGAAAAAGAAAUGACAAAUGGCAGUCUGACUGACUGUCUUGCUUCACUGCAGUAGUGGGGUCUAAAAUUCGCAAAGAUCAAAAUGUACUAUAGGCCAAUUCAUUGUGGAAAGAUCUUAAUACAGCUAUACAAAUAUAGUUGGUCUCCCAUUUAAGAAGUAGCAGCUCACCCAAUCUCAUGUUUUUGGCUAUUUUAGUUCCUCGUUAAGAAUAUCUAUGGUCAGUGGUAAUUUACAGUAUAUGGCCUUUCCAAAACUUAAAGGUACAAUAGGUAAUUUCAGACUUCUAACGGUCAUGAGAACAAUAGCAGCAACAUAAACCUUCAAACCACAACACUGUUUAUCCCUCCCCUUUCUCUAUAAAUGCACUUACAUUGAAGUGCCAUUGGCUGUGGCAACUAGAACCAAUUUUCAACCAAUUAACUUUUUGUACAGUUAUACAAUGUUUUUGUAUAGAGUGUCGGGCCGUCAACUGUAUAUUUUGAAAUCCGAAUUUAAGGACUAUAAAUACAGGCAGAGGGUGAGUCAACAUGUCAGUGAGCCUUUUUCAAUGAUAGGAAGGGAUUUACAAAGGUCUUGUAACAAUGUUUUAACACAAAAAUCUUACCUAUUGUACCUUUAAAGCACUGAAUAUCCUUAAUUCUCCUAAACAUGUUUGUAAAAUUCUGAGCUUAUUAUUUACUUGGAUUGUUUGGAUUUGAUAAAUGUUUUGUUUUUGCCAAAUCCAGGAGUAUUAUUGUCAAGUCUUAGGGCCUGAUUUACUAAGCCAUGAAGCAAAACUUUUUACCAUGCACAAAACACAAGGAUUGAUGCGAAACAUCAAUCUCAUCGAAAAAUCAUUGGUCAUGCUAUUGGUUUUGCAUGUGCUAAAAUAUUCUUAGUAAAUCAGGCCCUUAAUCUUUUACCUUGUUUUUCUUUGUCGGAAAUUACAUUGCACCUUUAACUUACAAAUGUCAGUAAUAUAGCAAUAUUCAGUGUAAUUGUUUUUUGUUUUUUUCUUUUAACCAGAACACACUUUGUGUUGUCGCUUUGGUUCUUAUGAAAUUCCUGAAUGAGAUAAUCUGUGAUUUUUCUCUUUUGAGAAGUAAAAGGGAAGCUGAAUUGAAGCAAUGAAGCAAAAAUUGCCUAGAUACCCACUGUAGUAUCUCUUCAACUGUGUAACAGGCUAGAGACAACAGCCAAGGAUAGUCUUUUGUUAAUUGUAUCAGGACAUCAAUAGAAAAAGAUUGAGACAUUCACAUUUUUUGACCAAUGAGUAACAUGUACGCUACGCUCUCAGUGGCUAACCGAGAGACAGGAGCACACUGAGGUAAAUGAGUCAACCUGCUGCUUGUGUGUGUGUGUUUUCUGUAAACGAGAACACGGAAGCUGAACGGUAUUGGCGAUAUGACGUGACCAAGAUCCCCAAAUCAAAAUGCUGUAGGGAAGAUGAUUGUGACAGUGAUGAAAAAUCCUUUGAAAACUUGAAACCAUUCCAAGGCCCUCUUUAGCCUGCUGGUGUUAGAGCUCCUGCCCGCUGCUAACAGUACUGUAUACAUUCCUGUGGGUCUGAAGUGCUGAAUCCUCUGUCUCUGCUCAAGACGCACCUGCAUGUUUGCCAGAACAACAUGCAACUCCAAUUUAUGUAGCCUAAACAUUUCAGGUACUGUAGUAAUUCUAGUUAAUAACCUAUUUUCAAUUGGAGGCCGACAAUGAGACUCUUGAUUAUUGUGAGUUCAUGCCAUGUUCCAUAGAGUAUGUCCAUUGAAGUGCCAUAUCUUAUACCCUCUCUAUAAAAUGUGUCUUCACUUUUAAUCUUUUCUUAUUUAACUGGUGUGUCAUAGUCACUGAAUCACCUUUUUUGUAAUGUCAUUGUGUUAAAAUGUUUCUGUCUUCAUUUGGCUUGUUUUUUUACAUUCCCUCACAAAAGUUCACCAGUGUACAUAAACAAAUUAAAUCUUCUGAAUCAUGGGUUACUAAAAAGGCACUGCUAGAAUGUAAGGCAGAACCUAUUGGACUUUCUCUACAAUCAAAACAAAUGUUAUUGAGUGCAUACACAUGAAUGUAAAAUUUCAGUUUUUCCUUUGUAAAGGCUAAUGGGUUUGUUAGCAUUGCAGUUUAAAUACUCCUUACCUCCUUAGUCACAGUAAUGGCAUUGCACAAAGCACUUUGUGUGAUCAAGAGAUUUUGCAGUGCAAAUGUUAUCCUGAAAGACCUCAGAUACUUCCUUUUGAACCUGGUAAUCUCACAUGAAAGGUUUUGCAGCACAACCUUUAGAUUGCAUUCCGUACAUUUACUCUCAUAAUUAAACAACAGUGUUACUGCCUCGUUAAGAACUUAGAGCAUUAUUCUACUAUGUAUUUCUACUGUUUCAUAAUAUGGGAUAUAAUUUAUUGUACAGUCAUUGUAUUAAUCCUCUACUUUAUUGAAUGUGUCAAAUAUUGUUAAGAUUUAACAUUUUAAUUUCCUGUGUAUAUUUAAAGACACAAGAGGGAGCACUGUUUUUCUGGAGAUACUCUUGAGGUUUUGGGGCAUUGGAGAAACAGAACUAUAAUUGUUAUUUGCUUUAAGAUGCUAUGUUGUUCCUCUGAAUUUUUCUCAAAAAAAUCUUAAUAUGAGGUGUUUUUGAAUGCUUCUCACCACAUAACUGAAGAAGUCUUCUGUGUUUGAAUGAGAUUGCACUGAAAGCAGUAACUGCCUCCUCGUAUGGGGAACACAUAAACCAGUUUUAUACAGAAUGUGAUUUCAAUAAUUUGUCACAGGUUGUCACCUUGUGACUGGCAUGCCAGUUUUCAGUGUCAUCGACUGCUGUAACUGUAGAUAACAAUGAAAUAUCAAUCGAAGACUGUAUGCAUAGAUGGUCUACUGAUAUCAUCAAUGGUGAUCGUGGCAAGUACCUUACUUUUCUACCUUAUAUUUUCACUUAUUUUUUAUUAUUUUAUUGUUCUGUGUGUUCUUUUGGGGAAAUGAAACACUUUGAGGUAAUAAUACAUGAUUAAUAUUUUUACAUUUAACAUUUUGUUCAACAAUAUUGGACUGCUUUACGUCCAUCCUGUCCAAAACCCCUACACAUUCUUUAGAGUGCAGGUGAAUGUAGUGAACUUCUGUUUUCUUUCCUCUUUCUGUAAUACAAGUUUUGUUUGGUAUACUCAAGAGCAGCACAUAGUAUAUAAGCCUCAAAGUUUUCCACAUUAGUAGGCAAAAGGGGUGCAUAGUCGUGCAAAACCAUGAUUUCAGCAAAUAUUCAUGCAAUGAAAUAUUACAAUGACAUUUUUACAAUGUAAUCCUUGGGACAUGGUUAUUUCAAACAUUCUAGGAUCUGAAUGUGAUUUCAUUUUCUUAUGACUUAUUUAAGGAAGAGAGAUUUGUCCUCUUAUCUUUUCUGAUGAUCAGUAGGUUAUGUAUUUUGAGGUUUACUGAUGUUAUAACAGUAAAGUCUAAUGUAUUCUCUCAGAAUUUUAAAAAGACACAGACCUGAAAUGAGAAUGUACAAUGGGUGUGUCCAUAUUGAGGCCUUUGCUGCCAUAGCCCUUAAUUACUGGUGAAUAGAACAGAGUUAUACUGGAGGUCAAAAUGAACGUUACUCCCCUGGUGUUGUUGACAGAUCCUAUAGAAACCUUUAUAACAAUGUGGCGAUUAUCAUACAGACAGCUUGGACAGAUGUGUUAACUUAAUGUCAUCACCCGUUUUAGUUGAUGGAUUUAUAACAUUUAUUGGUUCUAGCAAAUACACAUCACAUGCAAUGAAUAGUUACACCACAAGAUUGCCUUCAUCUGUUUUAUUUGAAAUGCACAAAAACAUGUUCAAAAUAGAUUAAAAAGACUGUAGCCGUGUAUAUCAACAGUGUGUGCUGUGUAUGGUGCUCCCCAAAUUAGUUUUUAUUUGUUCACACACACACACACACACACACACACACACAGGCAGUCCUAGUGAACAUUACAAUGGUGGCAACUUCUAUUUUUGCAAAUUAGUGUCACUAAUGGCCACCUAUCGGAAAGGUUUGGAAUGUGAUGUCAAAAUGGAUGGCAAGUCACUUGCACUGAAACCCCCCCUCAACAGCUGCUGCACUCCCAGUGGUCCCCCCUGCAGGUUACUAUCAUAGCCACACUGCCUAUAACUUUCAGAAUGAUCUUUUCUAAUGUACAUACGGAUGGUGACUUUGUAUAUCAGUGUAGUUUUAAUACUGUGACUAUUAUGUAUUAUUCUGUGAAGCUGGCCAUGGUUUUAAAUCUGUAAUGGUGGCUUUGCUGUGAGGUUUGCGAAUGUUCUCCUGAGUGUCAUUUUCAAGUUUAAGAGCUGUAAUAUUUGUGGUGAUGGUUGUAUUUUUAAAUGUAUUUAAUAACAAAUAUUUACUACAAA